UCUGUUGUCUCUGUCCUGCUGCAUGUGCCGUGCUGCGAUUCAAGCAAAGAAUGAGUUUGUGUCUUUGGCUGAAAUGGAGGACGCUCUGUUGAAGAAUCUGUUCCAGGGAUAUCAGCGGUGGGUGCGACCCAUUCAACGAGCCAAUGACACGGUCAAAGUGCGAUUUGGUCUCAAAAUCUCCCAGCUUGUGGAUGUGGAUGAAAAGAACCAGCUCAUGACAACAAAUGUUUGGCUCUGCCAGGAAUGGUAUGACUACAAGCUCAGAUGGAACCCAGAAAAUUAUGGGGGAAUCACCUCCAUCAGAGUCCCUUCUGAAAACAUAUGGCUGCCUGACAUCGUUCUCUAUGAAAAUGCUGAUGGGCGUUUUGAGGGCUCACUCAUGACUAAAGCUAUUGUUAAGUACAAUGGUGCCAUAACCUGGACUCCUCCUGCGAGCUACAAAUCCGCCUGCACAAUGGACGUUACGUUCUUCCCCUUUGACCGACAGAACUGCACCAUGAAGUUUGGCUCUUGGACCUAUGAUGGGCACAUGGUGGACCUGGUUCUGAUGGACCACCAGGUGGAUCGAAAAGACUUCUUUGACAAUGGGGAAUGGGAGAUACUUAGUGCCACUGGGGCUAAAGGCAAUAGAAAGGAUGGCUUAUAUUCAUACCCAUUUAUAACAUAUUCUUUUAUUCUGAAGAGGCUGCCACUCUUCUAUACACUGUUUCUGAUCAUCCCAUGUUUGGGCCUGUCCUUUCUCACAGUUCUGGUAUUUUAUCUUCCAUCAGAUGAAGGAGAGAAACUGUCUCUCUCCACGUCUGUGCUUGUGUCUCUCACUGUGUUUCUUCUUGUCAUUGAAGAAAUCAUCCCAUCUUCCUCCAAAGUCAUUCCUCUGAUUGGAGAAUACCUUCUUUUCAUUAUGAUCUUUGUCACUCUUUCCAUCAUUGUCACAGUUUUUGUCAUAAAUGUUCAUCAUCGCUCCUCUGCCACAUACCACCCCAUGUCACCUUGGGUUCGUACUCUUUUCCUCCAAAAACUUCCCAGGAUGCUUUGUAUGCGUGGCCACACUGACCGUUACCAUUACCCUGAGCUGGCCCCUGAGAGCCCAGAGCUGAAGCCUCGCUCUGGCAGGAGGGCAGGAGGUCAAAGGGCAGAUGCUUCAGAUGGGAAGGAGGAAGAGCCCUGGUCCACCAUGUUGGAGAAAGCAAUUUACUCAGUGCGUUACAUUAGCAGACACAUCCGCAAGGAGCACUUCAUUCGAGAGGUGGUGCAAGACUGGAAGUUUGUGGCCCAGGUUUUAGACCGCAUUUUUCUGUGGGCUUUUCUCUCUGUAGCAGUUCUGGGCACAAUCUUCAUCUUCACUCCAGCUCUGCAGAUGUUCAUGAAAGUCCCUCCUCAAGCUGCCAGUGAAGAGUCAUCCUCCACCCCCCCACACUAA